AUGGCCGACAAAGAAUUAAUUAGUCUUUUCCAGUCUAUAGGUCUUACAGAACAACGUGCUAAAGAUACCGCGAAAAACAAAAAACUUGCACCUACAUUGAAACAAACCAUAACUGAAGCUGGUUUUAACGAAGGUUGUGAUAAAAAUACCGGCUCUCUUUUGUAUACGCUCGCUUCUACCAUAACCAAAGAUGCAGCUGUUCAUUUGGGAUAUUUGGCGCGUGCUAUUAAAGACGAAAGAUUGAAAAAUGCUGAUCAAAUUGCAGCGGCGAUAAAGUAUGUGGAAAGUGUUUCAACUGAAAUCAAUGAAAAGGAAUUCAAUGAAAAUUCUGGAGUUGGUGUGACUGUUACCCCCGAGCAGAUCAAAGAAGCGAUAGCUGCUCAUAUCGAGAAUAACAAGGAAUCGUUGAUAAAAGAUAGAUACAAAGUCCUUGGGCCAUUACUCGCUCAGGCUAAACAGAUCCCUUCAUUGCGGUGGGCAAAUGGGGUAGCAGUCAAAGAAGAAUUGGAGAGACAAGUCGUGACUUUGAUUGGACCCAAAGAUGAAAGGGAUAUUUUAAUUAAAGGAAAGAAAAAGGAGACAAAACCAGUAACAUCCAUUAAAAAGGAUGGCCAGAAAGUAGAUUCGUCUACAACAUCAGACCCCAAAAAAAGCACCGUUCCUAACAUGUUUUUAGAGGGCGAACUUGGCAAACUUCAUAAACCUGGUGGUAAUAAACAAAUAAAACCAGAAUUAAUGGAAGAACAUUUGAAAGCAACGGGUGGAAGAGUAAUUACACGUUUUCCACCUGAGCCAAAUGGAUAUCUUCAUAUUGGACACGCGAAAGCAAUUAACGUAAAUUUUGGUUAUGCCAAAGCUCAUAACGGCGUGUGUUACUUGAGAUAUGAUGAUACGAAUCCCGAGGCCGAAGAGGAAAGAUAUUUCACCUCAAUUAAGGAAGCUAUAGAAUGGCUGGGAUUCACCCCAUGGAAAAUAACCUAUUCAUCUGAUUAUUUUGACAAACUAUAUGAACUCGCAGUAGAAUUGAUCAAACGUGAUAAAGCAUAUGUUUGUUAUUGUACUCCAGAAGAAAUGCAUGAGAUGCGAGGUGGAGAUAAUGGUGGUGCUCGAAGUGAAUGUGUCCAUCGAAAUCGACCGAUUGAAGAAUCAUUAAUUGAUUUCCAAAAGAUGAAAGAAGGAAGAUUCAAGGAAGGUGAAGUAACACUACGCAUGAAAAUGGACAUGCAAAGUGGUAGUCCUCAAUUCUGGGAUCUGGUUGCGUAUAGAGUCAUGUACACCCCACAUCACAGAACUGGAGACAAAUGGUGUAUAUACCCAACAUACGAUUAUACACACUGUUUAUGUGACUCUUUUGAAAAUAUUACUCAUUCACUAUGUACUCUUGAAUUUCGAAUGUCUCGUGAAUCUUAUUAUUGGCUUUGUGACGCGUUGGAAGUGUAUAAACCUGUCCAAUUUGAAUAUAACAGAUUAAAUAUCAACAAUACUGUCAUGUCAAAACGUAAAAUUGCAAAAUUAGUCCAGGAAAAAUAUGUUUCAGGAUGGGAUGAUCCUCGUUUAUAUACACUUCCUGCAUUGCGUCGGCGUGGAGUCCCUCCAGAAGCAAUAAAUGGAUUUGUUCAAGAUCUUGGUGUGACUUUAUCUAAUUCAACAAUUCAAGUGUCUCGUUUUGAUAAAUAUAUUCGGGAUUAUUUGGAUGUUCACGUUCCACGUCUUAUGAUUGUUUUGGAACCACUCAAAUUAAUAAUUGAAAAUCUGCCCGAAGAUUAUGAACAAGAGUUAAAAAUUCCAUUUAAACCGAGAGAUUCCUCGAUGGGCGAGCAUGUUGUUCCAUUCAGCAAAAUUGUUUAUAUCGAUAAAUCAGAUUUUCGUGAACAAGACUCUCCGGAUUAUUUUCGUCUUGCUGUUGGCAAAACUGUUGGCUUAUUAUAUGUACCACAUCCUAUAACAUGCAUUGACGUCAAGAAGGACGAACAGGGUAACAUUCAGCAUCUAAUAUGUCGUUAUGAAAAUGCACCUGAUACAAAAAAACCAAAAACUUAUAUCCAAUGGAUAUCCGAGUCCAAAAAAUACAAAUCACCAGUAAAACUCUCUGAGGUGCGUAUCUAUAAUAACCUUUUCUUAUCGGAAAAUCCAGCCGCACAUCUCGGUGGAUUUUUGGCCGAUAUUAAUCCUGAAAGUUUAGAAGUUGUCAAGGAAUCAUUGGCAGAGGUGGGAAUUCGUGAGGUGAUAAAUCGCUCCAUAGAGCAAACAAAGAGAAAGGAAUACGAAUGUGUAAGAUUUCAAGCAAUUCGUGUUGGCUAUUUUUGUUUGGAUAAAGAUACUAGACUCGAGGCGUCAACAUUAGAAGAGGAGAAUCUUGUAUUGAAUAGAAUUGUUACUUUGAAAGAAGAUCCAAAAAAAAAUUAG